UGACCCCCGCUCGACUCCAAUAACAUCUAUAAAAGGGCACAAAGAACCGGUGGGAUGCAUCAGUCUUUUACAUAUUCAGUUCUGUGCUAUAGAAUUGAAAGCUAAUCUCUUCUGUGCCUUACUUUGAUAUCUUGAAAACUUCUAAAAAGAAAGGAAAUGGCUCCAAUUAGAGGCCAAAUGCCAACUGGUAAUUACGUCCCAGUCUAUGUAAUGCUUCAGCUGGGAGUGGUAACUGCUGAAAACACCUUUCCAAACAAAGAAAAUUUGGAAGGUCAGCUGAAGAAGCUGAAAAGCGGCGGGUGCGAUGGAAUCAUGGUGGACGUGUGGUGGGGAAUCAUCGAGGCCAAAGCUCCAAAGCAGUACGAAUGGGGUGCCUACAGGGAACUCUUCCAGCUGGUCAAGCAAUGCGGACUCAAAAUCCAGGCCAUCAUGUCCUUCCACCAGUGCGGCGGCAACGUCGGCGACGACGUCCUCAUUCCCCUGCCGUCGUGGGUGCUCGCCGUCGGAGACCAAAACCCCGACAUCUUCUACACCAAUAAAUCCGGCAACCGCAACCGCGAGUACCUCUCUCUCGGCGUUGAUAACGAAGCCCUCUUCCAUGGUCGUACCGCUGUCCAGAUGUAUAGAGACUACAUGGAGAGCUUCAGAGACAACAUGGUUGACUUUUUGGAGGGGGGAGACAUUGUAGACAUUGAGGUUGGCUGUGGUGCUGCUGGAGAGCUCAGAUAUCCCUCCUAUCCAGAGACUCAAGGAUGGGUCUUCCCUGGCAUUGGAGAAUUUCAGUGCUACGACAAAUACCUGGUAGCAGACUGGAAGAAGGCUAACGAGGAGGGCGGGCAUGCGGAUUGGGAGAUGCCGCAUAACGCCGGAACUUACAAUGACAGGCCGGAAAAAACCGGCUUCUUCCAACCCAACGGCACUUACGUCUCCGAUUUCGGCAAGUUCUUCUUGACCUGGUACUCCAACAACCUCAUCGCCCACGGCGAUCGGAUCAUCGGAGAAGCCAACAAGGUGUUUGUCGGAUAUAGUGUCAACAUUGCUGCCAAAGUUUCAGGAAUCCAUUGGUGGUACAAAGACUCUAGCCAUGCAGCUGAGCUAACAGCUGGAUAUUACAACCUUGAGGGACGGGACGGAUACCGGACCAUAGCGAGGAUGCUAGCUCGCCAUCAUGCCUCUAUGAACUUCACAUGUCUUGAGAUGAGAGACUCCGACCAACCCGCCGAAGCCAAGAGUGGGCCACAAGAACUUGUUCAACAGGUGUUAAGUAGCGGAUGGAAGGAGUUGAUUGAUAUGGCGGGUGAGAACGCGUUGGCAAGAUAUGAUGAACAAGCCUAUGAUCAAAUACUUUUGAAUGCGAGACCAAAUGGGGUCAACCUUAAUUCCUCCCCUAAGCUGAAGAUGUCUGGUUUUACCUACCUUCGUUUAUCAGAUGAUCUUUUCAAAGAUGAUAACUUCCAACUCUUCACAAAAUUUGUCAAGAAGAUGCAUGCUGAUCUGGAGUCUUCUCGAAAUGGUGCAAAUCCAAUUGUUCUCCGGAAAUCGAAACCGGCGUUUUCAAGUGAUGAGAUAUUGGAAGCAAGCAAUAAGGGGAAGAAGCCAUAUCCAUGGUACGAUGCCACAGAUAUGCCUGUGGAUGGCUCGUACCCUUUCGAGUGAUUGAAGAAAGCAUAUGUGUGCUUUCACUGCUUUGCUUUCGUUGGGAAUUCUAUUGUAUGGAAUUAAUGGAAUAACAAUAAGACGGAGUAAUCAUAAUAAUGCACACUGCAGAGUAAAUAAUGACAAUAAUCCACUUCAGUUGAACAUCCGA